AUGGAAGAAAACAAAAAGAUAAUGAAUAUGAAAGAACAUCAGUGGAGGUUGUUUGAAUAUAAUAUGAGCAAAUGGAUGAUAGAAAAUAAAUAUAUAUUAGAUCAAGAAGAAAAGAAGAAAUUCUAUAAGUGUGCUAAUUAUAGUAUUGGUAGUGGAGUGCUUAAUGCUUCCUUAGUAUAUUUCUUAUGUAAAAAAUACAAGAAUUAUAUAACACCUGUAUCAAGGUUUUUUUUGACAUUUUCUCUGGGUGUUUAUACAUCUAUGGUUAUAAAUAAAAUAUAUAGGAGAAAGGCCUAUAUAGAGAUAUUAAGUUCUAAGACUACUAUGACAGAUAAAGCAAACGAAGUUUUAAACGACAUACUAAAUAUUAAUGAUGAUACCAUUAAAGUAUCACCCAAAGAAAUUAAAAAAAAUGAAGAUAAAGAUAAUAUAAAUUCAUAUAAUUAUAUGAAUGAUCAUGAUAUUCCUUUGAAUAUCCAUCCUCAGGAAAAAGAAAAUAAUAAUUUGGACUUAAUUCCUGAUUUAAAUAACACCAUUAUGAAAGAACAACUUGAUGAGUUAGAAAGGCAAGAUUAUUACUUUUUAAAGGAUCCUAACGAAAGCAACUCGGUUAGCUGGGAUGAAAUACGUAAACGAAAUGAAUAA